AUGGGAUCUACAGUUGAAGACAACAGGCUUCGAAUUGAGAAGUUCGGCGGCCAAAAUUUCAGGUAUUGGAGGAUGCAAAUAGAAGACUAUUUGUACCAGAAGGAUCUCUUCCUACCCCUCCAAGGAGAGGCGGGGAAACCUGAGAAGAUGGACGACGAUAAGUGGAAGGUGCUCGAUCGUAAAGCACUUGCCACCAUCAGGCUCAACCUUCACCAGCAUGUGACUUACAACGUCUCGCAUGCGACCACCACCAAGGAGUUGAUGGAGGCCUUGGAGGCGCUGUAUGAGAAGCCGUCUGCUUCAAAUAAGGUGUACCUGAUGAAGAAGCUAUUCAAUCUCAAGAUGCAGCAAGGAGCUCGCGUGGCGGACUUCUUGAACGAAUUUCAGGCUGUGGUGCAACAGCUUGCUGCAGUAGAUCUAAAGUUCGACAACGAGAUCCAAGCUCUUCUGCUACUUUCUUGUCUACCAGAUUCAUGGGAGAAUAUGGUAAUGGCGGUGAGCAACGCUAAUGGCAAUGACAAGAUGAAGCUCGACACAGUGGUUGGGGCAAUUCUGGAUGAAGAAUCUCGCCGCAAAGUCUCAGGAGCUGAGGCCUCUAGCAGUGGGAGUGCUCUGCAUGUCGAGGCACGAGGGCGUGCACAGAAGAAGGGGAAUGGAGCAGCUCCAGCUAGACGAGCUUCAUGGUUUUUCAUUAAUAACUCAUUGUUUUGCUUAGCUGCAGGAAGACAUGGAAAUAAUUCAGACGUCUUCUUUAAUCUCAACGGGGUUAAGAUUCACCACAAGAUCAGUCACCAUCAAGGAACCGAAGAAGCUCGGAGCGACGGAGCCGCGAAGAUCGGGGUUCCUAUUGUUUUGUUGCAUGGGUUUGGGGCCUCGGUGUUCUCCGACAGCGUCUUCUUUAAUCUCAACGGGGUUAAGAUUCACCACAAGAUCAGUCACCAUCAAGGAACCGAAGAAGCUCGGAGCGACGGAGCCGCGAAGAUCGGGGUUCCUAUUGUUUUGUUGCAUGGGUUUGGGGCCUCGGUGUUCUCGUGGGAUCGGGUGAUGAAGGGCCUUGCUCGAGUUGCUGGGUCGAAGGUUCUCGCGUUUGAUCGGCCCGCGUUUGGUUUGACUUCGAGGGAGGUUGAGAGGAAGGAGGAGACGGGUUUGAAUCCUUAUUCGAUGGCGUUUUCAGUGAUGGCUACGAUUUCUUUUAUCGAAAUGCUGGGGGCUGGAAAGGCCGUUUUAAUGGGGCACUCGGCUGGUUGCCUUGUAGCAGUUAAUACCUACUUUGAAGCUCCAGAGAAGGUUGCAGCAUUGAUCUUGGUUGCUCCGGCGAUUGUUGCACCAUUUAUUAUGAAGAAAGGGGAGAAAAGGAAUGGGGUUGGGGAAGAGAAACAAAUGGAAGAUGGGGAUGCAAAUAUUGGAUCCCAAGAGAACCCUUUUAUUAGGAUUUUGGAGGCUAUAAGUAAGUUGUAUAAAUUUAUUGCAGGAUUUGUGUUUCGAAUUCUGAAAGGGAUGAGAGAUAUGGUUGGCUCGAUAUAUACGAAAGUUUUGGCCGUGGUGUUAAGAUCAGGUCUUGCUUUGAUGCUGGUUAGGAUGAUCAUGGAUAAGUUUGGAAUACUGGCUAUUCGAAAUGCAUGGUAUGAUGCAAGUCAGGUCACUGACCAUGUUCUGCAAGGUUACACAAAGCCAUUGAGAGCUAGAGGUUGGGAUAAAGCCCUUCUAGAGUACACAGUAGCCAUGAUUACAGAUUCUGCUUCAAAAUCCAUGACACCAUUGGCCAAAAGGCUCGCUGAUAUUAAGUGCCCAGUGCUGAUAGUGACUGGAGACACUGACCGCCUAGUGCCCUCAUGGAAUGCUGAGCGUCUGUCAAAGGCCAUACCUAACUCCACAUUCGAACUGAUCAAGAAUUGUGGGCACCUCCCUCAUGAAGAGAAGGUCGAAGAGUUUCUAAUGGUCGUUGAGAGAUUCCUCCAAAAUGUUUUUGGCCCACAAGCGAGGCAAUUUUCAGCAUCAGCACCAUAACUGGAAACAUCAAAAGGUCUUCUUUCUGCCUCAACGCUUCAGGUGACGCAGGAGUCAAGCAACUUUGCCUUUCAUUAUUUCCUACUUUCUUGAUUUAUCUGAGGUUUGUGGAGGUUUCUAUUGGUUGUAUACAUAAAUUGCUCAUUCAGUAAAUAAAAGCAGGGGAAUGUUAUUGAUGAAGUCAAAAUUUA